CGAUACCUCACGACAUACCCCUCUCCCCUUGGAGCUAACUAUGUGCAGUCGUAGCAAUUGUCAUUGUUUGUGUCAGUUGACUUUUGUCAAUGUCGUUCUCUACAUUCUGUCUCGGCUGGUAUGCCCCACAGGAUACCUUGAUUAGUAUAUAUUUAGAGAAUAAUGAAUAGCCAGUCCUAAAGCUCUUGUUGGUGAGGCCAUAUAUGAUGAAGUUCACCGCGCUAUUGGUGUGAAACAUAUGUAUGAAGAUAACGUACCAGUAGUAUGGAGCUUCAUCGUAAUAGUCACACAGAUUGAUCAAUGCGAAAGGUGCACACAAUGUGCAAAAGAUAGCGAACAUUAUGAACAGCAUCCGAGCCAGUCUUAUAUCACUACUGGUGCCUUGAUUCUUAUCCUUCUUUUUACCGAAUGCCUGGAUUUUCUUCUGGGAUUCCCUCACUUUCAGAAAAAUCUUCAAAUACGCAACAGCUGUGACAAUUACAGGUAUGAAAAGAACAAUCGCGGAAAAUACAAUUACGAAACUAAAAUCCUUGUGGUUGUUAUGCAAACAAGUAAAGUACUUUCUCUGAAAGCCAACGCCGCUCCAUCCAAUCCAUAGCAACACAUUCCACACAAAUCCAUGGAACCAGGCAGCCAUGAUCAUAACUGCGACUGAUUUCUUCGAGUAAAUCUUCGAAUACCACGAGUUCUUACAGAUACAGAUGUACCUAUUGAGACUGAUCAGCAUGAUGUUGCUGCACGAAGAAAUGCAACUCUGAAAGCAGACAUAUGAAAGUACGUUACAGAAACCGGGUCUCUCUACCAGGACGAAGUGUUCUCCCAUCAGUGCUACGGUCAUCAUAAGCGGUUGGAGUACGGAGGUCACUAUGAGGUCCGAGAUAGCUAAGCUAAGCACAAAGGCAUUCGGUAAAGUUCUCAUUGAUUUCACCAUCAGGAAAGUACCAAUAAUGAGAACAUUUCCCACAAAUCCAAAGACUAAUAAAAGUGCUUCGUAAAAUACAAAUGGCGUAAGGAAUGUUAGAUCUUGGCGCAAUCUUUCAGAUUCAAUGAAAGAUAUUCCCAU